AAAGAUUUCAUACUGUACUUUCUUUCGUCAAAUACUGCGUCUGCUACAGGAUGAGUGACCCGCGCUUUCCUGUCGAUGUCCAGCUUAUUGGAGUGAUGAAGAAGGAAAAGGACAAAAAGUACAUGACAUCCGUGUUGUGGUCAGACCAGAGUGAACUGAUAGUGUACAGAUCCCUCAGAGACUUCAGAACGCUGCAUAGGCAACUGAAAAAGAAGUUUCCUGUCGAAAAUCCGUAUCGUAAAGAAGACAGGGUGCUUCCUAGAUUUGGAGCCCAGGUCAUGAAGCCCACGUUCCAGUUGAAGGGUUUGGAUAAGUCUGUGUCUCGUCUGAGGAAUCUGGAGAAGUACUGUUCUAGCCUAUUGCAGUGUGACACAACUGUGUCACAUUCCAGAGAGGUGAUCCAAUUCUUUCUGCCAACUGAACAGGAGUUGCUGCCAGAAUAUACACAAAACAGUGUGAUGAUUCUGCAAUCAGACAACAUCCCCACUGUUCAUGGAGGACCUGACCUGCAGAAUAAACAUUUGAGCAAUGGAAAUGUGACCCAGCCUUUUGUAUCCAAGGCAUAUCAAUGCGUAGCUCCAUAUGAGACCAAAGACACAAAGAACAAGCCCUUUAAAGUCGCAAUUGGCGAAAGACUGGAUGUGCUCAUUAAAGACAAAGCAGGUUGGUGGCUUGUGGAGAAUGAGGAUAAACAUUUAGCUUGGUUUCCUGCUCCUUUCUUGGAAUUAUGUGAUGAGGAAGAAGACGAGCAAGAAAACAAGUACAACUCAGUGACCUGUGAAAUGUCUCUGUACUGCGCGACAAGAUGUUACACUUCUAAAAAAGAGGAUGAGCUCUCGCUGAGCAUCGGUGCUGUUGUGGAGGUGUUGCAGAGGUCUGAUAAUGGCUGGUGGCUUGUUAGAUAUAACAAUAAGGCUGGCUAUGUGCCCUCCAUGUACCUGAAGCUCUACAGCAGCCCCAGUUUUGGCCUUCAAACACUUCAGAGGAAACUUCACAGCUCCACCAUCAACCUGUCUAUCUGCAACUCUCCUAAGCCAGAGCUCCAUCAAAACAGAAUCAACCCUUUCCUCAGGUCAAGCUCUCUAGAAAUCCUGUCAGAACAGCAGAGUCACUUCACCGAUCCAGUGCAGCGCCAAGAGUCCGGCAGCUUCAGUGAUGAUGGAACUGACUUCAGCUUCAGUUCCUCAGACACCACCUCCAUGAGCCCUAGCAUGUCCAGCUCAGAAGAGGACGAGGGAUUUCUGAGACAGCAGGAUAAAGAGCCAGAUAGCAGCGAUAGUGCUAUGUCCAGUGGUCAGUCCAGCCCUGUCAACUCUGACUCUGGACAUCCUAUGAAGGGAGUCCUAGCUCCAAAGGUCCCACCCAGACCACAAACUCGAGAGAUCCUUCAGCGAUGCACCACCUACACCCGUAAAGUGGCUCUAGCAACAUCUGCACGACUGGCUCCUGAAAGACAACUCAUGGUAAAUGGAGGAAGAGCUUGAAAUAAUGAAAUGAAAUAAUUUCAUCCAAUCACUGAUGAAAAUUGUUUCUAGUUCACAGCAUGAUUUGUGUCAGACUCUAUCUGGAAAAUAAAUUCUGGAAUGAAGAGUUAUUCUGUGUGUUCUGCACGCGAUUAACACAGUGAGAUGUAAAUUAGUCUGUGAUUUUGUGCUGUUUCGUAGGUUUCUGUUGUAAAGAAAUUUGUUGGCAUAUCUCUAAGACUUUACACCUCAUGAUCAACCACUGUAAUCAUGCAAGUGUUUAACAAAUAGUCUUUUUGAUAAUUACAUUAAUAUUAUUACAAACUAACAUCUAAUCAUAAAGAUGAGAGUUUAUGUGACAUUUAUGCAAACAUAUUGCAAUGAUUUGUUUAUUCUAUUCUGUUCUGUGUUCUUGUUUGUUAUAUAUUAUGCAUAACCUGUUGGAUGUAGUUACUGUUUACAUAUUUGUAAAAAUUCAUUG